AUGUCUCUAUGUUCACAGCAUUAUUCAUGCUCACAUUUUACACUUGCUAAUUGUGAAGAUAGCUGGGAAUGUUUGAAAUGCGAACAUCUCUCAAAAAAUGUGGAAAUUAUGCAUAAUUGUUUCUGCUUACGAUCAUUACUGAUGAAUGCAACAGAACGAGAACUUUUAUUAUUACCUACGCUAAGUUAUCAAGAUGCUGAUCCACCAAGUAAUAUACGUUUACGAAUUCUUCUUGAAAAUUUACAUUGUGAACUGGCAAAAGCAAGUAAUGUUACAAUAGAAGUACGAAAUCCGAAUUUCUGGUUGGAAAUUACCGAUGGUAUCGAUCAAUCUGUCCUAAAAAGGCUUCCCACUAAGGAUCAUCAAAGAUUAAUUGGUACGAAUGAUGGACAUUUUUGCCCUACACGUGUUUACGUGUCACGUCUUUCACCAUGGCGUGUUGUUAUCAUUGCUCUAUUAGUAAAUCCUCAACAUGUUCUAAUGGCAACUUCUCUCAUCAUACCGACAUUACCGCUUCUUAUUUUUCAUUGUGAUGAGCCAUGGAUAGCUCAUCAUUUAGCUCGAAAUGAACCACGGCGAUGCGAGACAUACGUAUCAGAUCAUCGUACCAAAAGUCCAACUUCAACAUUGGCACAUUUGAAUCGACAGAUUCGGAAAACUGAAAACUUCACAAAGAUGGAAAAGAAUGAAUUGGAAUUACAUUGGUUGUCAACUUCCCGGAUAAGUCCGGCUGAAAAUCGUGUUCAUACAUCCUUUGACAUACACUCUUACUGUGAAGCCAUUGAGGACCAGUUAUUUUCUCGGGCACUUAUUGGAGCGGUAUAUCAAUGUUUAUUGCUAGGUGUACAUAUUCCGUAUGAAGAUUUGGUAGAAGUAUUGGAGGACCGUUGCGAGCAAUCUUAUAUCGAAGUUGAGGGCAUUGAUGAAUGUGUCCGUUUCCUAUGCUCACAUGUUGCAAAUAUACGUAAACAGAUGGGAGAUUCGACAGCGGAUGCGGAUGAUGAAACAAGAAGCAAUGAUUUAUUCAAAGAUGAUAUUUUAUAUAGAUUAAAUGAUGGGGAUAUGAAGUCAUGUGAGGAAGAACAAGAGGAUUUUCGAUUCGCAUUUGAUGAGCUUCUUUUACAGAACUUCCGGAAAAUUCCCAAUUUUCCAAGUUACUUCUAUUUUGUUCGAGAUAAUACAACAUACAUGGCCAAUAAAAAUUUAACAAUAAAUUUGCCUGAAACGAAGAAUUUUAAUAGUGGUAGUUCACCUUGUGAAGAUUUGGAAAUUUGCUAUAUUGAAGAUGAUGAAGAUAUGAAAGAAAGAGAAGACGAUAGUGCAAGAAGUAACCAAUCAAGUAUCAGUUUCGAAUCAGUUACUACAUCGGAGUUAUCAGUUGGUGAAACAUUACAUUUAAGUGAUAAUGCUGCCGUACCAUUAUUCUUGAAUUUUUCUUGUGCAGUACGUUUUUCUAACAUGGAUAUGUAUACAUUUCCCAUCGAUCAUUUACCAUCCUGUGUUAUGCAAUUACUAAAGCAAUGUUCAAAUAUUUCAAAAAAAAAUUUUACAGCAAUGGAUUUAAUUGGAAUUUCGUUUGAUAUCUAUGUUUUGUCAUGGCCUAUGCGACAAUUCACUUUAACACAGUCUGAUUCAUGUACAGUUACACCAAAAACGCCGGAUAAGUCUGAAUCAUUUCACAAAUUUACUACUUACUUUGAUUUCGAUAGCCCUUAUUCUACAACAACUUCUGAUGUUAUCAGCCAACUACCAAGUCCGGAAAAUGAAGCAGUUCGUCGGUUAGAAUGCGGAAUUACACGUUUACUUCACAUGGAAACAGUGUUUGUGUUAUCAAGAUAUGACGAUGUGACGCUUGACACAAUGCACAAAGUAAUGGUAUUCAUUGCCAAAGAGCAACGUGAAAAGAAUGAUACGAUUCGGUUCAAAGUAAAAUUACUGCAAGUUGUUAUGGUAAUGGAACAGGUAAAAGCUGUACGUCGUUUAAAAGAGCGUAUUAAAAAUUUUGAUCUGCUCUACUGUAAACUGGAAGCGCAUCCGGAAUCCAGUAACUUGUUUUAUUGCUGUCAUGUGGAAGAUGUUGACCUUUAUGAAGAUACGUUGAGGAUGCAAAUGCGUACUGCAGCUAAUGUAACACUGAAGUCUUCACGACGAAGUAGCGGAAGCUUCACAGAGCGUAUCGAAGAGCAAAAAAGCAUGACAUUAGCAAGGAAAGUUUCAAGUAUGGAAGUAUUGAAUUCCAAGAUUUCACGAGAUAAAAUAACAAAGCGGAGGGAUAGCAGUGUACCGGUUUUAAAAGCUGAUCGUAGACUUUCCGAAGAUUAUGCAUAUCACUCGGGAAUUGCAGAACGGACUUGUUAUAAUGAUCAUGAGCUGCGUGAUUUCUGGAUUAUUUUAAAUGUUGAAAUGCAACAGAUACAAGCAUUCUUUUGUGAAAGGUAUGCACAUCAUCAUGAAAAAAUUUUUGGGCUUCUUUUGGAAGCAAUACAGAAAGAAUGUCAUACCAUCAAUCAGGAACUUUUACUGGAAAAAAUGCAUUCAAUUAGCGAAUGCGAUGAUUUAUUAAUCGAGAAUGAAACAGAGUCGCAUAAAUUUAUUCCAUCAGAUUUGCAUGAUUCAAUCCCUGAUACAAAAUUAACUCGUUCUUUGAUAAAUAAGUGUACAGCACCAAGGGCUAAGAAGAAUUUCAGUUUUUCAUAUUCCGAUGAGGAUGAAAUGGAUGCUGCACCAUAUAUGCCAGCACGGGUAUUUUAUCCUCCUGGUCAUUUUGCUUGUCGAAUCGUAGCGCAUCAUUGGUUUUACGUACAUCCUCGGUUACACAUCGAAAAGAAAGGAGCAGGAUGCUCCUUAGUAAUGGGAUAUGAUGCUUUGCGCCAAGGAAUUGAACAAUUUGCAGUUCGAAAUCGUCGUAAUCUUUAUGUUUGUUGUGAAGAUAACAAACGAAAUGUAUUUUACAUGCAGCUUUUUGCUAGUGAAGAAAGUUUUAGAAAAAGAUGCUUACAUUGUGAUACAACUUUUAUCGAUGAGAUGAGUGAAAAUUUUCAAAAUAAUAUACUACUGACAGUACACGGAAUUCAUGAACCUACCGUAAUAAUUCAAUCAAUUGUGGAUGCUAUGCAGAAGCGACUCGAAUUAAAAGUUUUGGAAGAGUUAACCGAUAUUUUAUACAAAAAUCCCCGAACACGACUAACGGCAGCUGAUAUCGAAUUCAUUCAACGAGAUCCGGCUAAGCCAUUUGCAGUACAUUACUGCACUUUACCGAACUAUAUUUAUGGUUAUCUGGGAUCACUCUACUAUUACAUGUACCAGCAAAUGCUUACAUUCACAGCAGGAGCUCGAUUUCGGGACUGUAGCGGAGGUUUGAACAGAAAUAAUCCACUGUCACACGAACGUUUCCAUUCUCAGCCCGGUUCUCAAACGGCUUGCAAUAAUUAUAUUCCACAUUUCUUUCUAAUAAGCAGGCCACCGACAAAGGGUUCAUCAAAUAUGGGAAUUGCUUGUGUUGAGACACGCAUAGUAAAUUCCAGUGGUACUUGCAUCGAUUCGCUGAAGUAUGCUCGAAUCAGUCCAAGCACUCACUCGAAAUUAUAUCCAGGUGGUGGUAAAUUUCGUCUUUCAUCAAAUGAACGUUUUCAUGAACUGACGCGUUGUAUCACUACAUCACUCCCUUUGCCGGAUUCAUUGUUUUCCGAAAAAACAGGUGGCGUAUCAUAUUUGGUUCAGUAUACAAUUUGGCAAGUGGGCGAUGUUGGCUUAGCAACUUUACAACCAAUAUUUCGAUUAGCUUUACAGCAGGCGCUCUGUGAUUUAAUAACUGAAUUUGGUCUUUUAAGUAUUCCUUUAGUGGAACUUGUUAGCAACACUCGAUAUUCAUCUUCAAAUACUCUAAUCGUGCCAUAUGUUACAAGUGAGGAAAGAAUAAGAUCGUGUAGUGACGCAUCACAUUUAAAUAUUGUGGCAAAGCCAAUUCGAAAAGCUGAAUCGCAUGUACAAUCACCACUUCUAGAACAUUUGUCGCAACAAGCAGUUGUUCGCAAAUCAAAAAGUUCUGCAAACAGCAAUGAUUGUGAAUCAAAUGUCACAGUUAAUUAUCAAUUUAUUAUGGUUGCUGCACAAUGGUUCGAUCAUGUUGUUUCGGAAGUAAAGAAUACGGAGCAUCAAUUUUCCGUGAAAAGACACACAUUUCACUGUGAAAGCGAUCAUUCUGUUCGAAAGAUCUUCAACGUUAUAAAGGAUAAAUUAUCUGCUAUUCUGAGGCGCGAAACCAUCAUAAUAUGCCAACUAGAUGCGCAUGGUUCAAAGCGUUUUUCAGCACAAAACUCGUCAAAUGAUGAUAUCAUAACUUUUAGUAAUGAUAGUGGUCGAAUAAUUGCGGGCGAAAAUGAAGAACCUUCACUAAUAAUGCUUGCUUACAAUCACCAAUAUUCAGAGGCAAUAUUAAAAUAUGGCGCAGAUUCACGCUCAAAUAUUAUACCAACAGCUGUGGAAGAAAUCUUACAUGACCAAAAAGCUAGCGCAAUGCGUUUUUUACCACAAAUAGCUCCAUUUGUUCCAAGACAGCAUCUGUUAUAUCUGUUGUCGAAGGGUGAAACUGCAACCUUAUAUCUGUACAAUUAUUCGUCGGAUGCCGCAGAACAAGUUUAUCAGAUGGUCGCAAAUGUAUUAUCGUGGCAGAAUGCCCGAUCAAGAUUGCUUCGAGAAAUUGGUUUACAUAAAAUGGGUGUAACACAUUUAUCUGGUCGAAUUACUCCAACAAGUGAAGAAUUGGUUUGGCUAAAUAGUGAGCUGUUGAGUGAAUAUGAAAUUCCACAGCAUGGAUCUGUUCAUUUUGAUAAAAGAUUAGUGGGCGGAACGCAUUACAUCCAAGCUGAACCAUUAAUGCAUCUCUAUCGGCAUACAACCUUGGCUUUUUUACCACUUAAUUUGAAUAGUGACAACCUGUUCGAAGAUCAGUGCUCUCAGAUGGUUUUCCUUGAAAAAAUGAUGAAAUCAAUGCUUCACAAUUGUGAGAACUUCAAUCGGAUACACAGUGAAUUGAUGAGUGGAACCCAUGAAAUCAGAGAAUCUGAUUUGCUGAAAAUUGUUUCUCAUAGUCGGAUAGUACAUUUUGUUCGAUCACCUCUGUUACUUUUUCCAAAAUGGCGUAAAUUAGUAGCAGUUGUUCGAAGAGGAACGGAAAAUGCAAUGAGUUUUAAACAGGCAGUGAUAGCCGAUUUACCAUCGAGGCAUGUCAGUGGUUCGAAAGCGUCACUUCUCGAAAACACUUCAUCAGUGUCACAUGUGCGCACAACGCGUUCAAAUACCUUCAGUGCAUUAUUGCAUUCAUCAGAUCGUACUUUACGAAAGUUAACAAAAAAUUUAGAAGAGGAUGAACCGUGUUGCCUGAAGAUACAGUUUAUGCUUGUUGAGAGUUAUGUGAAAUAUCUAACAAAAAAUGGAUUAAGAUUGUUGGACGUUACACAUAUAACAGGACAAGCGAGUGCUCGGUACAGUUUGCACUAUGAUAUGCAGAAUACCGAAUCAUCACCUAACGUAUGGAUGUAUAAAGCUUAUGACGGUGGUAUUCUAUUCGUUCACAUUACAAUCAUUGAGCCACAUUUCAGUGUUCAAUAUUUGCUUUGGAAUGUUGCACAGUUAAAUCGAUUAAGAAUAAAAUGUGAUAAGAAUUUCGAUUAUAAUGAUCAAAGAGACCUUUAUGCAUUGAAGGAUAGCAUUAUAUCAAAGGCUCACGUUCAUUCAUUUACAUAUGAUUUCCAUUUACGUAUGGUUGCUACAUAUUUAAUUGGUGGACAGCAGGUUCUUUUCAAUUACGGAUACAAUACGAACGAGUUUUUAACUGAUUUUUUGCAGUACUAUAAUUGUCGUCCACCUUAUGCUUGUAACUGUAUAUAUGAAGAAAAAAUAACAUUUCCUAAUCUGCCCGUAACAAACCAGAAAGUUUGGGAAUACCUGUUGGAUGAGAAACGUCAUAACUGGCGUAUAGUACGUUUGAAAACAAUUGAAAUGGAUAUGCCUGGACAAUUUAUGAUUGUUGCGGAAGAUGAUACGGAGUGUUUUGGAUUCUCCUAUAAGGAAAUUCGAACAAUCGUUCAUGAAAAUCAACUUUAUGCUUCAAAAACAUUGAAUAUAAAAUUCUAUGUUAUGUUGGUUUCGCAUGAAAUAAAAUUUGAUCAAGUUCAUUUAGCUGAUCCACUAGUCGAGAAUUUGGAGCCAGAUGCAAAUUGUAAACAUGAUGCAAAAAUAAGUGGUGAAUUUAAAAAACUCGGUUUGAAUGUAGACUGCAAUACGGAUAGCUAUCGAAAAAGUACUGAAGGCAUUGUAGCACAGAAUAAUUCCAACAAUGCAUGGUGUGCACCGACCACUCAUACCAGACGAAGAUGUCAUAGUGGCGACAAUAAUGGAUCACCGAAAGAAGCAACACUUCCACGCAAUUAUUCAAAUGGAAUGAAAUUAGAUGAAUGUCAUUCAAUGUCAGAUGAAAAAACACAGACACCAAAGGCAAAAACGCAAAAAUUAUCUAUUCAAAACAAUGCACCUUUGAGACAUCGCAAGAUACGACCAAAUUUCCGAGGUGGUAUAAGAUUAUCAGAUCCACCUGUGAUAGUGCCACGUGAACAAGCAUUUUACAUCUAUUACAUGAGUAGACGACAGAAAAGGUUGCAAAAAGAACUGGAAGAUAGUGUAAUGCAUUAUAAACGUAAGCUACAAAUGAUAAUUGAGGAUGCUGUAUGGCAUUGCAAAAGAAAUCAGCUUUGGGAUGACAUGUUGGAAAAACAUGUAACAAAACGUGAAACUGUUGAAGUGACCGAACAAUGGAAAUUAUUAGCUCGUCACAGUAAUGAUAUAACAUCAGUAUUACGGCUAGCACUUUCAACAUCUCUUACAACUACAGAUGUAGACAAUUUAUUGGGUUAUGUUAAAUCUGAAUCAUUGACUAAUUAUGAACCAUUAUUGGAAUCACUAGUCAGUAAUCUGAAUCCUGGACUUUUCUUCAAAUUGCUCAUUCAACAUUUUGGUCUGCAAAAAUGUCGAUUAUUCUGUUCAUCCGUGAAGGAGCAUCUUGUGAUCAUCACUCCUGAAGCUCACCAAGACGUAUUUCUUUUCACAGCUCAAAAUGAUGAACCAUUACAAAUGAAAUUACUUGCAAAGGAGCGUAAGUGCAAUGAAUCUGGAUCAUUAUUGAUGGAAGCAGAUCAUUCAGUACGAGAGCAGUUCAAUGAAUUAGUUCGUUGUGCUGCUUCUUCUACUUGGAUGAAUUUAGUGCAUAGUAGCUUAAUGAAUUAA